UUGUUUCACCUUAACCCAUUUAUGGACCCCAGGAAACCUGCAAGGAAUACAAGCCACCUGGUCUUACAUCCUGCUGACACACCCUGAGAUCAGCCGGCCCUCCUAUGACAUUGCAUCCAAACACAACCGGACCUCUCUCUACUAGACAGUGAAAACCACAUACCAUGUGCAAGCUGAUGAGGUGGCUGGCAAUGAUGAUGCUUUGUGUCCUUGUCGAUACACAAAAUUUCAAGCCAACAAAGGCUCCUAUGUUCCAGAACAAGCCAUUCAUCGUGUUCUGGAAUGCACCCACUUCUCAGUGCAAGAAUCGCCAUCAUGUGGAUCUCAAUCUUGAUACCUUUGGCAUUGCUGCAAACUCUGAUGAGGCCCUUAAUGGUGACAAAGUUACCAUAUUUUAUCAUAACGUAUUUGGGUAUUACCCUCACAUCUCAGACAGCGGGGAAUCCUUUCACGGAGGAGUCCCCCAAAACCAGAGCCUUUCAAAUCACUUAUCGCAAGUCCAGAAAGACAUCAACCGGGUCCUCCCAUCUAAGGACUUCCAGGGGCUUGCCAUCAUUGACUGGGAAAACUGGAGGCCCCAGUGGAUUAGGAAUUGGGACAAUAAAGUCAUCUAUAGGGAGCACUCUAUCAAUCUGGUUAGAAGCCGUCAUCCUUCCUGGCCUGAUUCCAAAGUGAAAACUGUGGCUCAAAAGGAAUUUGAAAAGGCUGGCAAAAAUUUCAUGAAUUCAACUCUCCAUCUGGGCUUAAAAAUGAGGUCCCAGGGACUCUGGGGUUAUUAUCUUUACCCAGAAUGCUACAAUUAUAAUUACAAAAAUCACCCACAUAAGUACACGGGCAAAUGCCCCAACAUUGAAAUUUCCCGCAACAAUCAACUCCUCUGGCUGUGGAAAGCAAGUACGGCACUUUUCCCUUCCAUAUACCUGCCGGAGAUCUUGAAGUCAAGCACCAAUGUUCUGAAAUUUGUUCACCAUCGGGUUAGAGAAGCAAUACGAGUUGCCACUGUUGCUAGACAGGAUUAUGUUUUGCCUGUUUUUGUUUACUCCAGACCAUUUUACUCCUAUAGCCUCAUAGCUUUAAGUCAGAUGGACCUGGUGCACACUAUCGGUGAGAGUGCCGCUUUAGGGGCUGCAGGAAUGGUCAUGUGGGGAAAUAAGCAAUAUGAAGCAUCCAGGGACAACUGCUUAACAGUGCAAAAAUACAUUAAUGAAACCUUGGGGCCUUACAUCAUUAAUGUGACCUUAGCCACCCAGUUCUGCAGCCAGGAGCUAUGUCAAAAGAAGGGAAGGUGUGUUCGUAAACUCCCAGAAUCCUCCACUUACCUGCACAUGCCCUCUGGCAGCAUUAAGACAAAGGUGUCCAAGAAAAGCUCCAAAUUGACCUUUUUCUUCAAAAUGACCAAAAAGGAGAAACAAGACCUGAAGAAAGGAUUUGUAUGUCAGUAUUAUUUAGGCUGGUCUGGAAAAUUCUGCAAGAAGCAAGACGCCAGUAGCUCACAUUUGAAGAGUGGGUUCUUAGCCCAAGGUUGGUCAAGUCCAAGAAUUAGUCAAACUCUUCUCCUGAACUGGAUCCUGGCUGAGAUUCUGCUGACUUUGUGUUAUUUCAUGAUCAACUAACCUCCCUGGGAUGGGCGAGCUAGAAGAGGUUUUCACCCGAUGAGGAAAUGUCAGCAUCUCCUUCCUUCU